AUGUUCAUCACAACGACAUGGAUAAUUGGUAUUGUGGUGCUUAUGCAUUUUAGUGUUGUCAAAAUUGCCGAAACUUCAAUGCGUCAAUUAAAUCAGGAAUUAAGUGCAUCGGCAUCAAAGGAUUUUACGAAUAUGCAACGCAUUUUAAUGAAACGCAAUCGUUUGGUAUUCAUAACGGUGGAUAAAAUUAAUCGCAAUUAUGGUUUCCUAAUGUUGUUGAUAAUUGGAUUUAUUCUCGCAACUGGAGCGACCGGUCCAUUUUAUUUAAUUUCUCGGUACUCCGAAGAAUUGGAUGGAUAUCCAUUCUGGUAUUAUAUAUUGAUUGCCAUUAAUUCGUAUAUCUGGUCUUCGCCGACGGUUACCAUUUUUCUAGCAAUGUAUAGCUGUGAUGGAUAUAAUAAUGAGGUUCUCAUGGAUGCCAAAUCUUAG